GGCCCGUGACGGAUGAUGGGGCUACUGUUAGGGCUAUUCACCUUUGAAGAACAGUAGGGAUUCCAAAGGCGACUCAGGUAUUCAGUCAUUUCGCCGGGAUGUCGGGACUUUCUACACGAACCACUUGUGUUUUCACCGCGUUGUCGUUUCUUAAUGUCUGCAAAGGAUUUCAACUCACUAAGCAAAGCUCUGCUCCAUUAGUUUUUUAAUGUUGUGAUUCGAUUUCUGUGAUUAUGAAAUUUUAACAAUUAGUCAUCAUUCACUUAAAUGUAGAAUCAGAGAUGGGGUAAUCAUAAUUCUGUUUCUGCACCUUAUUAUUUGUGGUCCAACGGUAUAAAUCUGUCAACACCCUUCGCUGCUUUGGUAACUAGCACAUAUUAACACAGCUGAUGUAUUUGAUAGUAACAGGCAGGGCAGUUGUCCAAAUGUAAAUGGACACCACGAAUAGUUGAAUGACACCAGACAAAUACAUGAAUUGAUCUAGAGAAUUGGUGUAAUUUCCCGUACGGCUCGAAAGAUUUUAACUCGCAUGCACCAUAUGUGUUUGUUAUGCUGUUUUGAAUGGUUUUGCUAAACUCCGAAAAGAGCUGAGCGCAUCGAAGGAGGGUGUUGAAGUGGGGGGUCGCCUGAAAGGCAUUCUGGGGAGGGUCGUCUUGGAAACGGCAACGGGAGAGUGGAGGCGCACAAUUCGGGGUCUAGUUAUCAGUCGCACACUUGCACCUUAUAUGCACCCUCCGAAAACGGGGAAACGGACCGUGCAUCCAUCGCCAACUAGACAAAACACUACAGUUCAUAACUCCCAAGAUUCAGACAUUACAGCACUUAGUGUAACACCGGCAACAUCAAUAUUAUACCGCUAGUAUUCGUCGUUGAAGCAUUUGAAAAUAUCAGUUUGUGUGUUCUGGGUAAGAUUUCAGAGGAACAUAAAUAAAAAAUCAGUGUAGGCCUUGACAAAAACAUGCAGAUCAUAUAGAAAUUGGGUUAACUGUAAGGUCAGAGGACUUGUUUGAGCUCUUUGGAGAGAAUCUCCGAGGCGCUGAUGCUGUAUUCGGUACCGGUAACGAAACUGGUUUUGGUUCAUUGUGCUUAUCCGCGUCAUCUGCCCUCGUGGGGCGUAUGUCGCUCGCCUUGUAAGUGCUAAGUGUUGGUCAUAGAAACUAACAUUUCUUGCUUGACUAGGGAUCAGGCGAGAGCCGCUUUACUCCACCUGCUCCGGGUGUAAAUGAGUGAGACACGGAGCAGGUGCGACAGCGUGUCCUCCCUCUCAGGGCAAACUACAUUUAGCCGUGCCUACCACCUGUUUUUACAUACUUGUGUUUAGCUUCUGUUCAAAUAAGUUGCAAUACUGUUUCAAAAGCAAACCCCCAAUAAACAACAAUAGACACACGCACUGUACAUAAAAUGUGGCGGGAAAAAGCGUUACAAUGUCGUUUAUUGUGCCGGGCAAGGACUCUUGAUUUGAACCAAUAUUUUUAAAUGUAAUAUUCCAAUGCACGCUGCCUAAUUAUACCGUAGUCACCGAUGAGGGUGGAUUUUGAAGCCCUUGCAUUUCCCUUGCAUUUAAAUAUAAUCUAAUCUAUAUCAAUGUAAUUUAAUCUCUGCGGACUUCAUAUUAUUCUGUCUAAAGUUGAAAAUUAAACACAUUUUAAAUGUAGGCCUAAUCUAGAUUAAUAUGAUUUUCAAAACUGACCAAAACAAUCAUAUUAAAGAAUGAUGAUGAAUUUUAAGUCACUGCUUUUAUUUAGUUCGGUCUAUCGUUUGAUAUUUGGUUGGGAUCGUUCUGAUUACUUAAGCGUAUUUACACACAAACUUUUCCAGAGCGGGACUACAAAGACUCCAGUUGUUACUUUUGUGUCUUUAUUCCCCCCUCCCCCCCCAUCGCUUCUGUUGCGCUCAAGCGCUUUAUAAAUUCACCGCGCCCCGACUUUAGUGAUGCAAAUGUGCGGGGGUAAAGAAGGCAGUCCAGGGCGGGCUGGUUGGUACAGAGCGCAACUUUCACUAUAAACCACAGCAAGAAUGAGGAGGGAACCAGUCCGCUGUGUGAACAGGGCGCUGCACCCCGCACUGGGACCCAACGCAAGAAUCUCAGAAAUGGUGUAUUAAUGUCAAGUGAAGCCUUGUUUACAGACUUGCAUAGCAACCUCGUUUUUUAUCUUGAUGAGACCAUUUUUUUUGUUCUGAGUGAUUUUGAAAAAUUGUUUUGCGGUGGCAAAAUAGUUAUGCAUAGAUAAUUGCGGGUCUGUUGGUUUAUCAUUUAUGUGCAGUUCUGAAAUAAAUAAUUUUACUUGAAAGGGUUUAAAUUUGAUUUUAUAGGCGAACCAUACGUCGUUGCCGCCUUUUCGUUUGUGUUUUUGGUUUAUUUUUUAACUAUCAGAUAUGUUCAGUAUGAUGGAGCACGAAUUACAGGCGCUGGGUGCCUCCACCGAGCCUGGCACGGACAUGUCCGGCGGGACCUGCGCCGGCCACGGGGCCAACCGCUCAUUGGCCAAGCAGUGCCCGACCAGCGACCCGAUGGACAAGGUCAAGCGGCCCAUGAACGCCUUCAUGGUGUGGUCGCGGGGUCAGAGGCGGAAGAUGGCGCAGGAGAAUCCCAAAAUGCACAACUCGGAGAUCAGCAAGCGCCUGGGAGCGGAGUGGAAACUGCUAGAGGAGAGCGAGAAGCGGCCCUUCAUAGACGAGGCGAAGCGGCUCCGCGCCCUGCAUAUGAAAGAGUAUCCGGACUACAAGUACAAGCCCCGCCGCAAGACCAAGCCGCUGCUGAAGAAGGACAGCCCGGUCGGGGCUCUCCCGCUCUCCGCCGGUAACCUGCUGGCAGCGACGAGCGGCCAGGGAGCUGAGACCGUUUUGGAGAGUUACGGCUGGGGGUCCUCCGGAGGCUACUCCGCUCUCCAGAGCGACUCGGUCGGGUAUCCCCAGCAGCUACAGCGCUACGACCUGUCGGCCCUGCAAUACCCCCCGAGUCUGGCCACCCCGCAGACAUACAUGAAUGGCGCCAGCUCUUACAGCAAUCUGCCCUAUGGCACCAGCCCCCAGCAGCCCAGUCAGCUGAUUUCCAUGGCGAAGACGGAGCCGCCGUCGCUCUCCCCUGGCGGGGCCCCUUCCCAGCCUCACGGCACCCCCCAGGGGGACCUAAGGGACAUGAUCAGCAUGUACAUGCCAGGGGCUGAUGGGCAUGACCCCACGGCCCAAAGAGGCUAUCCCAGCAUGCACCAGCACUAUCUCGGGGGAAACAUGCCCCUCACCCACAUCUGAUGCCCAUUUGCUGGAGACUGCUCGGACCCCCGCCCCACCCCGCUUAAACUGGGCUUGGACUUCCCUGUGAUCUUCUCCUUGUUGCUGUUACGGACUCCAAGGAAGCCUCGGAUGGGGUGUCUGUUCAGGAACGUCCACACCCCUGGUGCAAUGGUUCAGCAGGUGGCGAAGUGGUUCAGCCAACAAGGUGCCAUUUCUGACCCUGCUGUUGAAACCUUUGAUUUUGGUGCUCGACUUUGAACUUCUGUGUAAAUGGGUUAAGUUGCGGAGUUGCUGUUGGGGGGAUAAGGGUCGACCAAAUCACUGAAUGUACAAGUGCUUUUUCAUGAGUCCGCUUUCGAUCUUCUCCCCCCCCCCCGACGCUGUAGCUAACCUCACUGAUGAUGUCAUGGGAUGAUGAUGAUGUCAUGUCGAGAUGUCAUUAAUCUGCUGUGUUUAAGCCAAGAUGACAACCUUUGAAAAUAUCACCCGUUUCCUACUGGGAUAUAUUACAGGCUGAAGGUUAGUUUCUUUGGCCUUCGGAUGAACCGUCACAUUGUAAUGUUUUUAAAUCCUGCAAGUGCGCUUAAGGCAAUGAAAAAACACAGGAAGGGAUGAUUAGACAGUACUUCAGGAGAGAAUGAACCCAAAAACAUUUGUUUAGAGAAAUGUCAUGAAUUCACUGACAGCGAUUCAGGUGAAACGUGUUAAAUGUGUGAAAUAGUUUCCAUUUUCUUCGUUCUGCCUGACAGGCUUGUCAGUCAGAUCGUCAUCAGUCCCCAUUACCCAAAGCACUGCUUUCCCCAAAUUAAUGUUGUUUUGUUAACUUGUUUAAAAUGUUACCAAAUGUCAAAAAUGGACUGAAUACUGUGAAAUGUAUUUGAAAUAAUAAAAAAACAAUAACUGUUUACGGUGGAGCUUUUAAAAA